AUGGCGUCUGUUUUUACGUACGACCCUGAUCCACCCAGGGUCUCCUCGCCAUGGUCUACUUCAGGGUCUUCGACCCCGCAAGUAACCGUUGUUGGAACUCGAAACACGGGCAUUCGUUCCCGCUCCAGCACAAACCUGGAGAGUGGGGGUCAUGAUUUUUUGUCUGAUUACGGCAUCUCGAAGUUAGAGCCUGAGCCGCAGGAAGGGCCUACUGAGUAUAAACUCCAUCUCCUUCUACGCCCUCGGCGGCCCUAUACUUCAAUGUCUACGGGCAAUCUCGUGGGUGGGUCUUAUCAUACCCGCGCAAGCUUGUCCACCUCUGGCCCCGCAACAGCUUCCUCGGUUGAAGAGCCGAAUUCAAAAUCCCUGCAUGCCCGUUCAAUGGACAGCCGCCAACAGCGCCUGCAACAAUUGACGACGCAGCUACUAUGGCGUUUACAACAAUCGUCCCCCUUUCACUCUUCAACAACGGCCAAUCUAGUGCUUCCCGUUCUACCAGAAGCAACACCGAGACUGGGUGCUACUCAAAAGCCACUUCGGCUACUGCCUGGUCUUGAAGAGAGUCAAGGGGCUCUGUACGAGAUUGGGGUCGCGGAUGAUGGGACGUUUGUUGGACUCAUUCAUGACGAGCUGGAAGAAAGUUUAACGAAUUUGCAAGCCAUGGCCGCAAGCCUGGGCUGCAAAGUCGAGGUCCUCCGCAGGGUAGUCGUUGGGGAUUGCGAAUGGGUGGAAGACCUAGGAACUGAGGAGCCCGGAAAAGUGCAUACUGAAAGCCUCUGGGUUGCGGAAGCAUUGGUGAGCCCAGACUGGGAUUAUUACCGCGUGGACUCACUCAAAGCUGAAUUACUGGAGAACAUGUCGACUGAAGGGUCCCAGCCGAACUCCAUAUCAGAAGGCUCCUCUUCCGCUACUGAACAAAUCCGAGUGUCUAUUGCUGGGCCAAAUGCUGUCGGCAAAUCAUCGCUUCUGGGUACUCUCACGUCGUCUAUUCUCGACAAUGGCCGAGGGACCAGCAGGCUAGGUCUGUUGAAACAUAGACAUGAAAUAUCGUCGGGAGUAACCAGCUCUGUCGCCCAUGAACUUAUUGGAUAUGUUGCGAACAAGCUUUCCUCAAAUGGUGCUGAUGUCGUCAACUACGCUUCCGGAAAUGUUGCGGCAUGGGAUGACAUCCAUGCAGCUUCAGAAGGUGGCCGUCUAGCCUUUGUCUCGGAUCUCCCUGGCUCAGUACGCUACCUCAAGUCCACUCUGCGAGGGCUUGUUAGCUGGGCCCCUCACUACGUCUUUAUGUGCCUCUCUGCCGCUUCUGAGGACGAGAUGCCGCUUGGAUCCGGCGCUGACCCUGCAGAGCAACCCAUGGACUUGAAUUUAGCUUUGUCUUACCUGGAGCUUUGUAUCAAGUUGGAGAUUCCGGUCAUUGUUGUCAUCACAAAAAUGGACCUCGCAUCACGAGCUGGUUUGCGAACUAACCUCGCCAAGGUACUGUCCGCGCUAAAGGCAGCUGGCAAGAAACCGAUUAUGCUUCCUGUCAAACCCGAUCCCUCCGAGGAUGGUGUAAACCUGCAGCGCUUAAGAUUAGCCGAUGCGGAGGAAGCGAAGAAGCUCGUAUCCACAACCGGUGAUUGGGCCAACACAGUCCCAAUUGUACUCACGAGUGCGGUUGAUGGUUCUGGCAUAGGCAAGCUACAUGCUUUGCUUCGAUACCUACCUAUACCCUCCAGGCCUCCUCUCAGGGACAUUAGCCUGCCGAAACCAUUGUCAUACCCCCAGCUGCCAGCAAUUGUCUUUGACGUUGACGAAGUAUUUGCAAUCCCCCCGUCCAAAGUGUAUUCAGCGCAACGACAGCAGAAACAUGGUGUGGUCCUGUGUGGCCUAGUGCGUUACGGUUCUGUCUCUGUUGGUGAUGAACUAGUUAUUGGGCCUGUUGUCUCCGGCACUCAGUUGGAAAAUGGCAAUAGUCCGGCUCUGGGGAACAGCCCCUCCGCUCAAAGGCUCCGUCCGGACCGACGCCCGGACCACGCCGCACAAAGCGGCUCAUACCGCAGUCGGCCAGCGUCAGGCGACUUCUCAAACUCAUUCCCUCAUGGUUCGUAUCCGGGGAGAUCUUCAGCCUCAGCUCAUGCGCAUUGGCAACAUGUCCGUGUCGUCAGCGUUCGAAACAUUCGGCUCCCGGUACAGAAACUGACCCAGGAUCAAGUUGGCACCAUCGGAAUUGAACCCCUAAGCACCAAUUUCGGCGAUCAAAAUCCACGGCUUGGCAAGAUCCGAAAAGGUGCUGUUCUACUCAGUCCAUCAAUAGUCUCUUCUCGCCCUCCGUCGUGCUUCGCAGGCUUCGUGGCGAGCUUCCCAGCCUGCGAAUUCUCGUCCGCCCUAUCCCCACCUGUUUUGCUAGGCGGCAAUGCAAUAGUCUACGUCGCUAAUGUUCGAACCACGGUGAAGUUGACCUGCAUGGCGUUAGCAGGGGAUGAGAUUAUAUCAUCCCCGCCUUCUCCGACAGAACCGGAGUUUUUCAGCUUUGAUGCGGACUCUGAAAGCCGCGAGGCUGUCCAGAAGCCUGAAGUGAACACAGUGGUCAGUUCGUCUGAUGGCACAAUACAAGACACUAUCGACAUUACGUUCUCGUUCGUUACAUCGGUCGAAUGGAUUGAAAUUGGGUCCAAGGUGCUUCUUAUGCCUAGCGCAUCGUCUGCGUUGGCUUCUACAGAAGGGUCUAGCCCGUCUUCGGGCUUGGAAGGCUUUGCUGGCCGUGUUCGCGAGAUCCAGUACGCUGAUGAGAGUCCACAUACAUGA